GGGAAAGAGUGAGUAUCAAACAAUGUACCCAAUUCAGGAAGAGCUGGCUAUUGAUAGCCACGUGGGCGGGAUGGCAGCCACGCGCCUGUUUCUUCUCAACCAUCCUUACCGCGAACCCGACCUCCGUUAAAGCUGCCUGUGCCCCGGCCUCUCCCCAUCGUCCUUCUGGCCCUGCCCGCCCCCGUCCCCGCCGCAUGGAUCGCCCCGGAACCUCACACUCAUCAGCAUCUGAGUCCGGCCAAAGCGCUAGUCACUCCGGCACCGCCUCGCAGCCCCCUCCUUCCGCAUCUGCACCUGCUCUGGGCCCCCGACAUUCGCCCGUUACUCCCCUCGCUCCCCUCGAAUUCCUCCAAAACCAGCGCAGAGGAUCUAUCACCGAUCCUUCACUGCACGCCGGACCAUCCAUUCCCACACAUCUUCCCAAUGGUGCACCCUUGAACAACCUCCGACCACCCUUCAGACGUCCCAGCUUCACUUCGAGUCCUAGCUUCGCCCCCUCAACACUGUACCACGAUGCAUCCCGACCGCCACCAGGGCCACACCGGGCCCCUUCGCCGUAUCGGUUCGGCGAUGCCAGCAUGCCGCCGCCGGAGAGCAGUAAAAGACAGUCCCGAAGAGCGCCACGAUCUUCUUCUGCCGACGCGGGCAAGAAACCACUUCUAACCGAUACCAUACCAGAGCUUGAGAGUGAUGCCGCAAGAAGCCUACGUGACAGUAGGCAAGAAAGUAUAAUUAGAGAGUCCAGCAGGGCGCAGGGGAGUGACGACAUGGAGAUUGAUCCGCAGGAGUUCCAGGAACGUGGUGGUGGGUUGCGAGGCUUGCAGGCUUUCCGUGAACCGGUGGGGUACAACGCGCGGCGACAUUCCAUUGCCGCUGGGUUGCCAAGUUUGAGCCAGGACAGACACUCACCAGGCUGGCCUCAAGGCACGAAACGCAAAACACCCUCCGCGCAGGACACGCCGUCCCCUGGGAACCGAGAGAUCGAUCCGCUGCUUGCUGGGCCGGGGGCUGCAAACAUGAUCACUGAUGAAGGCGACGGGCCCGCGCCAAAGCGACGCGGGUCGGCGUUCGACACGCAGAACAUCGCGCAGCUGAGCCUGAACGACCGACACAGUUCCGGGGACACGCGUGCGGGCGGGGGAAACGGGGGGUCGUGGUGGUCAGGCGAGAGACGGGACUCAGCCGCGAGCUCGUCGUUGAGCGCGUCCACGCCCUCGUCGGCGUUUGCCGGCGAGUCGCCACAUGGCCGACCUCCUGGCGGCAUCGCUACUUUCGCGUGGCCUGCCAACCCUCAGGAUCAGGCUGCAAUGCAGAGCGAGGCCAACGUUAAUAUGGCGGGGCCUGCAGCGCAUCCCUACGACCCCCUCGCAAUCAUGCCUCCAGUCGCCUUCGCCCAAGAUCGCCGUAUGUCUGUCCCCAACCUCCCGCCAGAAAAUUUGCCGACCCCGCCGUCCACGGGCCCGACGCGGGUGCUUCGGUCACGCUCACGCCCUCCGUCGCGUGUCCGCGGCGCGAGUCAAUCAGACGCCAGCAAUGUUGCCGGCCCUUCGUCUGGCGUAGGCCAGCCAGACGACGCUGCAGCACAAGAGAAUUAUCGAUUCAAGGAAGGCGCCGGAACCACGCCGUACUCGCGCUCCCCCGAGCUGCGAGUAUCCCACAAGCUCGCGGAGCGGAAAAGAAGAAAGGAGAUGAAGGAGCUGUUCGACGAGCUGCGCGAGCACCUCCCAGCGGACAGAGGGAUGAAGGCGAGCAAGUGGGAGAUAUUGAGCAAAGCGAUUGACUUCAUCAAUAAUCUUAAGCACACUUGCACUGAGAUGCAACGCGAGAUCGACAUGCUACGCCAUGAAGUAGAAACCAUGCGUCAUGGGCUGCCGCCACCAUACGCUGGAGGCCCUCCACCACCGGGCGUUUUGUAUGGCCAUGGCCCACCACCACCUGUCGGUCCGGGGUACUUCCUGGCGGCGGGCCCUCGUUCGCUUCUUGGCGUGGAUCGUCUGCAAACAUGCGUUGGAGGUGGGCUUCGUAGGCCCGCGUUGCACGCGGACUACACGUUUGUAAUGGAGUAGGAGAUGAUAUUUGACGACGCUCACGAACUUAGUGACCUAGUAGUUAAUAUUAAGUCUUGGACUGUCGCAUUCCUGUAGAAUCCUUGCAAGCCAGUUGUUGUCUUGUCUCGUUACACUAGCACUGUACAGUCGGAAUACAUUUGUGCUCACUG